GAAAACGGUCCAAGAGCUGCUGUGGCCACCGAGCUCGCCUACAACUCGGAUCAAACGAACUUCAGAGACGUUCCAACUCUUCCCGCCCACCGAGGUACCUUUCUCCUGAUGUGCGCAUGUGCCAUAAAGCUGAUUCUUCGGAAAGUCGAUUUGUUCUGCGGUGUAAGGUGCUCUCGACGACAGCGGCGCUCAGCUUCUAGCUUGCCUCAAGAACAUACCCUUCAUGGGACGAGAAGCAUCUUCGUACGUGUCUAUUGCUCCCCGCAUUUGACACACGCGAAGCUGACAAUCGACAGCCAUUUCUCAUACACCCCGUCUCAGUCGACAAUGCCCAGUACACCCGCAAAACGGCCUCGGCGUAAGCCCGAGGAGCCCGAGGCUAAACAUGUGGAGGUGGCCGACAAAGGCCCAGCUCCCCUGGAUUUGACAGAUGAUGAGGCGGAUCAACGUCUAUACAAUAGGUUGCUCAACCUAGGCGAGAGUGCUCCCACUCCACGGUGGUUGAUCGAGGCUCCGGGGGAUGCAGACCCUCCGCGCCAACUUCGUUGGAAGUUUGACCCAGGAGACAACAGCCGAAACCCGCAGGAAAGCGAUGACUUCUACAGGGAGAAUUACGAACAUCUCCGAAUCCAUCUUCAUGACAUGUUUUUCAGAGACAGAUUGAUUGAUUAUAUCAAGGGCAACAAAGAUCUGAUGCGAGUCGUGGGGAAUGCCGAGAACUCGAUCCCACUCCUCAAUACCACGCCCCGACCAGCGGGGAUCAAGAACCGGCCGGUGCGGCACCCCAUGCUAUAUAAACCCAACCCAGCGCUCCUGCCACCUGCUGGACUCACUCCAAACGCAUUCACGUACGAGGGCUUCAACCGCCCUAGGCCAAUCUCGCGUGCGAUUGAACGGGAAGAGGAGGACGCCUCGGAUGAGGGACACAAAGGCCCUCUCCACAGACGAGUCCAGAAAAAGUUUAGAAGGCUUAUACCACAGAGAGCUGGGGGCGGUGCAACCAAGGGUGAGUGUAAAUGUGUCUGGUUUACAGUCAUCCUCCUUGUGCUGAGCACGUUUCUUUGCCUGUUUCUGUACGCGUUCAGGAUUAUCACAUGAUGUAAGGAAUUAGUUUAUCUAUGGGUGGGAUUGGAUUCCGAACCGGAAAUCUGCUGUGUGAUAAGCCUGCUUUCUUCUUUCUAUCCUCUGGAUAUCGA